AUGUUCAACAAAGAAAGAUCAAAGUAUAAUUGCAUCAAUAAUAAUCUCAUUUCUUCAUUUAAUGUAAAACCCUCAUUAAAAUGGUUUUAUAAUUCAUUUGCUAUAAUAUUUUAUAGCUUCAUUUUCAAUUUAAUAGAUGCAAUCAUAUACACAAAAUUUACAAAAUCUUUACAUUAUAUUAAUAUUUCAUCAAUAAUUGCUGUUAUAACGGAUUUUUUAAUUUUAUUAAUUGAAAUUUAUAACAGAUUUUUCAUAAUAAAUUACACUUACAACAGUACGGAACCAAAAAUUGAUGAAAAGAAUGAAAAUAAAAACAAGAAUAGCAAUAAGAAUAGUAAAAAUCAUUUUUGUAACUCAAAAUGGUCUUACUAUACUUAUUUGAUUAUUGAUAAAGUUAUAAAGAAAUGCUUAUGGAUUUUACUUUUGAUUUUAUGUAUUUUGAAAGUGGUUUCAAUUUCUUCUGGUAAAAUUGAAAAUCCUUUAGAUUUAAACAAAUCUGAUUUAAAUUAUUUAAAUAUGUCCCCCAACAACAAAAUAGCUUAUUUAAUCAUAAGUAUUUUAGCAUUGUUGGCAAAUUCAGCUUUAUUAUCAAUAUGGUGGUCUACUACUAUUUCAUCAGUUUAUUUAUUGUUUGCUUCAAUAAAUUUUAUUCAAAUUAUGAUUGCCAUUUCAAUUAUUCAAAUUAAUGUUGAUUUGAUCAAUUUAUCUUUUGACGGUCCUGCUAAAAAAAUGCAUAAUCUAUUCAUUUUAUGCGGUUCUUUUAUGAUUGGUCAGUCAAUUAUGGGUUUAUCAAUUGUUUUAUUAAUUAAUGAGAAAAACAGGUUAAAUGAAUUAAUUGGGAAAUUGAUCUUUUUUUACGAUAUUUUCAUAAUUUUAAUUGGACUAUUACUAAUAUCUUGUACUUCUGUUGCUAGUAUUAAAUUUGAUUAUAAACCUUUUGCAAAUUUGAAUGAAAUACCCAUCAGUUUGCCAAUCUUAUUUGGUUUAUCUGUGGGUUUAAAUUUAUUAGAAUUCUUUUGCACAAGAUAUUUUAGAUUUAGAAAAGUAAUUAAUCAAUUUAUUGUUGAAGAAUACGAUUUAAUUAAUUUAACCAAUCAUCAAAAACAAGGUUGGAGUAAGUUAAUUGAUUUAAAUCAUAAAUAUAAUAAUGGAAUUUCAGGUGAAUAUGCAAUUUCAUUAAUGGAAAAUUACAUAAAUUCUGAUUUACCUGGCAUGAAUUGUAAAGUUUUAAGAGUCUACAAGGAUAACAACAAUAACAUGAACAAUAACAAUAGCACAAAACAACAUAACGAAUCUUCGAAAAAUGACAAAUCAUUUUCAUCGUCUUCAUCGUCACCUUAUAAACAUUAUAACAAGAACACAAUGGAUACAGCUUUUGAUACAUUAGAUCAUGAAUCGUUGUUAUUUUCAAAUGCUCCAACUUUAUGCUCAACAACAAAUGAUAUGAAAAACCUUGAAGAAGAAUUCAAACCAAUUUCAAAAAGUAAGUUGAAAAGAUUAAAUAAGAAAAAGCAACAAGAAAAGCAAAAAUUAGAAUAUCAAAGUUUAGAGAAUAAUACUGAAAAGUUUUAUAAUGAAUUGAUGAAUACAGAAGCAUUAGUUUUAUUAACAAUAAUAACUGACUUUGACUUGAGUGAAAGAAUACCAGGUUGGAUCGGUAAAAAAUUAAAUAAAUUGUUUGGGAAAAAUUCAAAGUUUCCAAUAUUAUGUAUAAAAUUUGGUUUAUUAGGUUUUCAUUGGCCAUUCAAAAGAUCAACUUUUUAUUGUUCAUCAACCAGAAAACCAAUUGCAAGAAGUUCAAGUAUAUUAUAUGCAAUUUCAAAAUGGAAUAAUCAUAACGAAAAAUGUACUGUUUUAUUAGAUCCAACUUAUAAAGAUGCAGAUCUUGAAGCUAGUAUAACUUAUAGUGGUUGGUAUAAAAUUUAUUUACCAAAUAGUCAUAUUAUUGAUUUAAGACCAUAUAAUAAUCAAUCAAGUACUGAAUAUUUCAAAGCAAUUAAAUAUAGAAAUCAAGAAAAUGCAUUUAAACAAGCAAAUGGUCAAGUUAUUGAAACAAAUAUAUUUAAUUUUGAGAAUUGUCAAGAGAUUAUUCAUAUGAAUCAAAAUAUUUCAAAUAGUAGAGUCGAAAAUGGACAAUCAUCACAAUUAGUGAAUGCAAAUUGGGAAUUUAUAUACAAUUUAGGGAACUUUUCAAAUGAAAAGAAAUUUAGAUCUUUAUUGUUUUUAAAAGUUGAUAAUACAGUGAUUGCAUCGUGUGUAAUAUUUAGAUUAGGUGAUACGAUAACAUCCGAUAUUCAAGGUUUAGACCAUGAAAUAAGUAAGAAAUAUAAGGCUUAUUUUGUUAUGAUGCAAGAAGUUAUUAAAAUUGCUUUAAGGGAAAAUGUUUCAUUUGUUGAUUUUGGUCCAACAACUGAAAAUGCUAAAGUUACAAUUGGAUGCAAUGUUGUUCCAUUGCUUGGAUCAAUAUAUCCGAAAAACAAAUUCUUAGGCCCAAUAAUCAAAUUUGCUGCUAGUAAAGUUGAUGUAUAA